AAUACAGAAAAAAAGCGAAUUUCAGUGCAAAGUAAAAAUAAGAAAAAAAGGUUGUAAUUUUUCUGCAACGAGAACACACCAGAUUUUUUUCUUCACAAAAAUCGCUAAAUUUAACUAAUAAAUUAACAAAACUUUCAAAAACUAAAAAUAAACGUGAACAAAAAUGAGUGUAGAAGAGGAAGUUUUUAAAAUACAAAAGAAAAUGAGCAAAAUCACAACAAAUGAUGGCACGGGUCAAGAACAAGCCUUGGACCUACUAAAGGCUUUACAGUCGCUCAAUAUUAAUUUGGAAAUUUUGACAAAAACCCGCAUUGGCAUGACCGUCAAUGAGUUACGCAAAAGCAGCAAAGACGAAGAGGUUAUAGCCUUGGCUAAGACUUUAAUCAAAAACUGGAAACGUUUCUUAGCUGCACCCGGUUCGACGGCGGGCAAAGAUUCUAGCAAAUCCGGCAGUGACAGCAAAUCCUCCUCGGCUAGCAAGUCUAGUUCCUCAUCCAGCAAAGAUAAAGAGAAAUCCUCUUCCAACAACUCCUCCUCCUCUAAAGACAAAGAUAAAAAAGAUGAGAAAAAAUCUUCCUCCUCCUCCUCAUCGUCGUCAACCAAAGAUGAACGUCGGCCGACACAAACCUCUUUUCCCGCUUCGUCGGGCAUGACGGAUGCGGUGCGUUUGAAAUGCCGUGAAAUGCUUUGCAAUGCCCUGAAAGUGGGUGAAGCCAUGGAGGGUUGGCCGGAACCGGAAGAAAUGGCCAUAGAGCUGGAGGAAGCCAUUUAUGCUGAAUUCAGAAAUACCGAUAUGAAAUACAAAAAUCGCAUACGCUCUCGGGUGGCCAAUUUGAAAGAUCCCAAAAAUCGCACCUUGCGUGGCAAUUACAUGUGUGGUGCCAUUACUGCUCAGCAAUUGGCUAAAAUGACGCCCGAAGAAAUGGCCAGUGAUGAAAUGAAAAAGCUAAGAGAGAAAUUUGUCAAAGAAGCUAUUAAUGAUGCCCAAUUGGCCACAGUACAGGGCACCAAAACGGAUCUGCUUAAGUGUGGCAAAUGUAAGAAACGUAAUUGUACCUAUAAUCAACUGCAAACACGUUCAUCUGAUGAACCUAUGACCACUUUUGUCAUGUGUAAUGAAUGCGGUAAUCGCUGGAAGUUCUGCUGAAAUAAUACUUACCGCUUAAGCAGCCUGUACCAACCACCACAACAACACCAACACCUCCAACAUAAACACUACCAACCCUUAAACCUUAUAAUUAAUUUAUGUUCUUAACUGAAAAACCAAUUUUUAAAAUAAUGGUAGCAAUUCUAUUUUAAAUUUUCUUUGAAUUUUAUUAUUAUUUUUUUGUUUUUUUAUCGUUUUUCUUUAAUUUUUAAUAUAUAAUUGCCCCCCUACAUUUAAUUUGUAGCCUUUUUUCAAAAAAGUUAAUUUUAUUACAAUAGUAAAAAAUCAUAUUGCAAGUAAUUUGUUUCAUAAACUUUUAAUUAUCAUUACCUUAGUCGUUAUAGUUAGUCUUGUGACAUAUCCUUCUGGAUAUGCCUCUUAAAAUUAUAAAUGCAAUUACUAAUUCACUUUUGUAUAGAUAAUUAGUAUUUGCUCUCAAAAAAAAAAAAAAAAAGAGUUAUUUUUUAAGUCAAAAUAUACUCUUGUUAAUUGGACAUACAUAUAGUAUAUAUAUACAAACAAAUAAAUAAAAUAUGAUGCUAAUUACCUACUUACCGAA